CGGGCACGCCUGAAUACCGGCUCAAGCCGGUAAAGAGCUGCCAAAACAGGCCAAACAGCAAAGGAGACAGAGCCAUAAGCAGCCCGUAGAAGAGGCGCAGAGCGCGGAGCAGGAGGCUGCGGGCACACGGGCCGGUCAUACAGGACAGGAUGGUCUAACAUCUGGGGUUGUAGCCUACGACACGGACCCGCGUCUACACGUGUAGUUGCUCCGAGUCCCUCCUCCUCUGUGCUGCAAUGGAGGGCUGCCUGGGGACCCGAGUCUACAGCGAGGUGCCGGAGGGCGGGUGGGGCUGGGCUGUGGCUCUGGCCUUCUUUGUGGUGGAGGUUUGCACCUAUGGGACCCUCAAGACACUGGGCGUGUUCCUGCAGGACCUCAUGCUGGAGUUUGGGGAGAGCAACAGCCGAGUGUCCUGGGCCAUCUCCAUCUGUAUCUUCAUGUUCUCCUUCACAGCACCUCUGGCCACUCUGCUGAGCACCUGUUUGGGUCACCGGCCCGUGGUGAUGAUGGGCGGAUUCCUCAUGAGCCUGGGCACCAUCACCUCUGGCUUCAUCAACUCCAUUCACGACAUGUACCUGACCAUCGGGAUCAUCACAGGUUUGGGCUACAGUCUGUCCUUCCUGCCUACAGUCACUCUGCUGGCACAGUACUUCUCCAAGCGCCGUGCUCUGGUCACGUCUCUGGCUUCCUCCGGAGAGUCCUUUGCCAUGUUUACCUUUGCCCCUGCCUUUACAAUACUCAAGGAGAAUAUUGGUUGGCGACACUGCAUGGUGCUCAUUGGGACCAUUCAGGCAUGUGUGAUUGGCUGCGGUUUUCUCCUUUGUCCAAUCAGCAUUCAGCCUGAGCCGGACAAGGAGGAAGCCCUGUGCGAAAAGAAGCUGGAGGUCUUAUUUGAGCUAGAGAAUGAACAGACUCGUACCUCCAUUGGCUCCUCGACGUCCCAGUGUUCUGAUGACUCUGGGGUGACCUCCCUGAGCUCCUCAGAGGGAGAGCUGAAGGAGCAGGCUAGAGCAGAGCUGGGGAAACAGACUAAGACACAGCCCAGGGCCAAGCUGUUGGACUUCUCUGUGCUGAGGGAUGGGGCCUUCAUCUGCUACUCUCUGUUCGGACUGUUUGCCACGGCAGGCUUCUUUGCUCCACAGCUUUAUGUGAUCGAGCUGAGUAAGAGCCGGGGGGUGGAGCCACACAUGGCCUCCUACAUGCUGUCUGUGAUGGCUGUGGCAGAGAUAGUGGGCCGCCUCACCAUCGGACUCAUCCUCACCAGGGCGCCCUUCAAGAAGACGCUGGUUCUGCUGGCCUGUGUGCUGGCCAUGUGCCUGGUGCUGGGGGCCUUCACAUUGGCCUCAGGCUUCUGGGCACUGGUGAUCUGCUGCGCCAUCUAUGGGUACUUUAUGGGAACUGUGGGUUCCACACACAUCCCACUGCUGGCGGAGGAGGAUGUGGUGGGCGUGGAGAGGAUGGCCUCAGCAGUGGGUGUAUACAUCUGCAUCCAGAGCUUUGCUGGGCUGGCCGGUCCACCACUGGGAGGGCUACUGGUGGAUGUGAUGCAGAACUACGGUGCUGCCUUUGCUCUCUGCGCUGUGGGCAUGGCUCUGGGCGCCAUAUGCCUGGCUUUAGUGGGGCCAAUCAAGUCCUGCAGAUGUUCUGGAGAGCCUGAGGAGCAGACUGACAAGGACAGUGAAAAGCUGGAUUUCCUGGAUGUGGACCUGCCCCUUGAAGACAACCCCUGAGAAGAGUGUUGCUGCUAUUUGAAGUCCACUGCUCUCAGGGUCAGAGCCUCAAGGAGCUCAAUUAUAUCUGACUCUUCCAAUGAAAACCUGUGCCCUCUGUGCACCCACCUGUGAUUUCUGAGCACCAACUACACUGGACUUCAAAGUGUGUACAUAGCAAUACCAAUGAGCACAGUGCAGUGUGCCAUGGUCUGGUGCGGUGGAGUAGCAGAUGGAGCAGGUUUGAACAUCUCAGGACUGUACACCUCACCACGCUGGAGAUGACACCAAACACACAUGCACACUUGUGUUUCACAGUGCAACCCUUUGGUGGUUGAGGCCUUUUGGUUUGACUUGAAAAUAGACAGACUUCAGAAGCUUUAUAGAUCAAUGCAUGACUCUCUUAUCCAGGGGCCUUGGUUCAAACCAGGGAUGAUCAAACCAUUAGUUUUAUGCCUUAAAGGGCCCAUAUUAUGGUGUCUUCUAAUUAGGGAUGGGCAUUCGAUGAAAUUUUCUUAAUCGAUCGUCAGAAGAAUUAACGAUCGAUUAUCGAUUAAUCAUUAACGUUUUUAUAUUAAAAUGAUCAUCAUUAUUAUUACUAUCUGCAUUACUAAUCUGCAUAAAUAAAUUCAACUUUACGACAUAUAAACCGUAACGACUCUAGAGCCACAUCAGCCCGUUUUAGAUUAUAUUGUGUUUAAUUCAGUUUUGUGCAACUCUCACAGAAACAAAACUUAAAACCGCAUCGCUAAUUUGCAUAAACUAAGUGAAGAUAAAAAUACAGCUCUUGUGUCACUGAUGUGGUUCAAUUUCUGUCGGAUUAAAAGACAUGACUCAGGUGAAUACAGGUUAGUGUGACCAGAUUUGCGUUUGUCAAAACCAGGACACCGUACGGGGGGAGGGAGACGGGGGAGGGAGGCGGGGCCUCGUCAUCGACAUUGCGCGACUCUCACCUGGUAAAACUUUUUCCCACUGGACAUCGAAACAUAUGUGCUGCUUUAUACACUGUGCACAUGGACUCACACUUGUCCCGAACGCAGUGGAAAGUGUGGAAUUUCUUGUACAAAUCAUCGUUAAAUACACAUUUGUGCUUCGGCACGCUGCAGACUGACUGACUGUUUGUUUCUCGCUCCUUCUGAUGCAGAGACACAAGUACGGACCCCUGUUUGGUCACACUACACACAACCUACAUUCGAUUUGUCGAUUAAAAUUUACGUAAUCGAUGAAAUUCUUAAUGAUCAAUUAUCGAUUAAUCGAUUAAUCAUGCCCAUCCCUACUUCUAAUGUUACUUAAUUGUCAAAAACAUUCCUGAAGUUGUGUUUUGUUUCAUUCACACAUGUUAACAGAAGAUCAUUCAUAUUUAGACUGUGUUUUUCUCUAAAGCUGAAAACACAAAACACAACUCAAGGUAUGUUUUUGAGGAGGUAACAACAUUCUAAUAUGUUUGAGGCUCACAAGAGUUAAUUUGCCUAAUGUAGGACCUUUAAGGAGCCUUAAAUAAAAUAAUAUUGCAGAUUGCCAAGACCAAAUUAGAUCUACGAUGAAGUUUUAUUUAAAUAUUGUACUAUUAACAAGUACACUCUACAUGAAUUUCCAGAAGCUGAACAACAACCUUCUCCUCCCAAUGCUCUGAUUGGUUAACAGUGCAAAUGAUGCCUCUACAAAGCAGCAUCACACUGAAUUACUCUGUACAGUUCACCUCAAUGAGUAAUGCAGUGACUAAAGUGACUGACCAAACAACCAGCUUUGAACAGCCCUGGUUUGGACCUUGCAGAAUCUUGAAUCCGCUUUAUGUCUCUAGCACCUCCUCUGGCCAAGGGAGGCAGUUUGGGGCUUCAGAUGGAGUGGAUAGACACAUGUACCUCGUUCACCUCAUACCAGCCUGUACACCCAUAGACUGCAUACUUAUAUUAUAACACAAGUGUGACAGUCCUCACUUUGCUAACAAUAAGUCUUAAAAUCAGCAGAGUAGUAAGUGGAGUGUUCUGGUUGAUGUGUCCUUUGUGAAUUAGCCACAUGCUAGCUACAUGGAGUACGAGAACAUUGGAACAGGACUUGAAAGUGUGAUGAGGUUUUACCAGAGCCAAAAAAACUGUCAACCCAAACAAGAGAAAAGAAAAGCAGAAGUAAGUAACUUUCAUUGAUAGAUGUGUGUAAAAUUCCUGUUGUCCAGGUAGAAUCCAUGGCAAAAGGAGAAAUAAAAUUUGUCAACUGGACAAAAGUUUAUUUUGGUUGAAUACGUUUCUCAGCUCAAUGAAGCUGCUUCUUCAGUUCUGGUCAGACGCUGGUGGACAGUGCCUUAAAGCUGCCUGCAGGGAGGAGCUAACUACACUGAAACUACUCUGAAGUUAACACACCUACUUGUUGACAGUUUCUGUUUGUUAGCUUGGCCUAUUCAUCUGCACUGAGUGUGGGGUCUUAUUAACAUAAUCACUGGGGCCCAAAAUGGUUGCUUUCACACCUCUGGACGUGACCUGGCUAUUCCUAUUUUUCUCUUGUUUGUUUUGAUUUAGGUUUGAGCUUGGAGUUGAGUCCUCCAUUUCUGUUCAAGGAUGGAUUGUGUUUCUUAACAAAAAUAGCCUCUUUAACUCCCAUCUCAAACCAAUACUUUUCUCUGGCUAAGAUCUGUACAUCACUGUCCUCAGAAGAGUGGCCUGUGGUUUUUAGAUGGAGAUGUACAGCAGACUGAGGUCCAGUGUUGCUCUCUUCUCUGUAUUGUUGCAUCCUCUUGUGAAGUGGCUGUUUUGUUUCUCCAAUGUAGUGUUCACUGCAGUCUUUGCUACACUGAAUUGGAGUAGACCACAUUCUCCUAUUUACAACUCCAACUUCAAACUGAAAUCAAAACAAAGAAAGAAAACAAUAGGGAUAGCCAGGGCAGGCCCAGAGAUGUGAAAACACCCAUAAUGGCCUUGAAUGAUUUUGCUAAUUAGACCCCACAGCAACAGAAACUGUAAACAAGUAGGUGUGUUAGUUUCAAGAUAGUUUCAUUGUAGUUAGCUCCUCCCUGCAGAUAUAAGGAAGUGUCCACCAGCAUCUGACCAGAACUGAAGAAGCAGCUUGGAUAAACUGUGAAACGUAUUCAACCAAAUCAACUUCUGUCCAAUAAACAAAUUGUAUUUUUCCUUUUGCCUUUCAAUGAUAGAGAUGCAGAAUAAUCACAUACAAACACAUAAGUUGACAAAAAAGAAGACACAGAGACAGCAGGUGGAUAUGAUGGGUGCUUUAAAUAUACAUUUAACAAUGAUAGGGACUUACAAAGAUGUUUAAUAAAGUAAAAAUGUUACUUAGUUCUGUGUUAAACUGAGAUAUGACCAAAACUCUCAAUCCAGUGUCUAAUGAAAGUUAGACUGACCACCCUUGGAACUCCUCAGAUGUGAUGUAUAAAAGUAUUCCUGACAAAACCUUGCUCUGGAGCUGAUAUGAGGAUGUAAUGACAGGCAAGAGACCAGUAGGGGUCGUCACAGAGCACAAGUGAGCUGUCAACUCUGUUCUCGGAUGCACUCUGAACACAGCCUUUCCUCACACUUGAAUGUUACCACUCAACAUUGAACCUUUAAAUGUUCUGUGAUUUGUACACAAUUCUGGUCUGGACUAGGUUGUAUUUAUUAUAAUAAAAUGUUGUCAUUAC